GAGAAGGGUCUGUCUGCAGAGCCGCAGAGCCACGGAUAUACGCCAGCAGAUUCACGCCAGCAGAUUCAAGCCGGUGGCAUUCUGCGCAUGCGCAGUAGGACAACGCGAUUCUGCUGGGAUUUAAAUGCAUGUUUCAAUCCGAAAAGGCAAUUCCGUGCCAAAAUAUGAGCAAUGUGGCACAUGUUGCCAAAAAUAUCACUGCCCGUUGUGCUCCAUACAGCAUUAUAAGCCAACAUCGGCCACAAAAUUUAGGAGUCACCUAAAACUCCAUUUUAACCGAGCAGUCCAACAUGAAGAUUCAUGUGAUAGACAUGGAAGGCGAUUUGCACACUGGGCUGCAGAGGCCAUGGAACUUGGGCCUUAUCCCACUAAAAGUGAGUCAAAGAAUAGAACAGAAGAAAUGGAACCUGAGAGUGGAGCACGAGAGGAGGUCACUACACCUCUUGAAAACAAAGGUGUAAUCAGACAUAUAAAAGCAGGUGUUGAAUGGCUGAAGAAUAGUCAGCAUCUGCUGAAGGACAAAUGCUUGACACCACAAAUCCUUUCCAUGGAGGAGGAAGAUGCACGGGAUGCCCUUGCUCAUCUGGAGGCACACUGUACAGCAUCUGUGUAUGAGGAUGAUAUGGAUGAGGAUGAAAUAAGGGCCCCAUUUUAUUUUACCUUUAAAAGCAUGAAAGACAUGGGCUUGUUCUUGUCAGAGGUUAGGGAUAAAAGAAAGAUUAUGGGAUCCUCUUUUUACAACCCUGAUAUUUAAGGUGUUUCCUACACCUAUACCAACAUCAGAAACAUCAGUAGCCUAUUCACAGAAAAUUCACUGAAGUAUUCCGUUGAUUACUUUUUUUCUGCUGCUUAUGUUGAUUUGUGUUGAUUGCCGUUAAGUACAGUUUUUUGUUUGUUUCAGUUGCUUAUUAUUAACCUACUAUUUUAUUGUCUUAAUACAGUUAUUAUGCUCAUUUUAUGUCUCUUUAUGUUGUUUUAUUAUUGCACGUGGAAU